CCGAGUCAGAGCAGCAUAAACUACAAUGCCCAGAAGGUGCCGCGGUCGGCAGCCAGAGCCUUUUCUCUCUAAUACCGCUCGCCUCCCAGAGUCGGUUCCGCUGUAGAGGUGACCUGACUCUCAGAGGCUCAUUUUGCAGGUGCUGAAAUUGUCAGCGCGGGUUCCAAUCAUGUCUGAACCAAUCAGAGUCCUUGUGACUGGAGCAGCUGGUCAAAUUGCAUAUUCACUGCUGUACAGUAUUGGAAAUGGAUCUGUCUUUGGUAAAGACCAGCCUAUAAUUCUUGUGCUGUUGGAUAUCACUCCCAUGAUGGGUGUCCUGGAUGGUGUCCUAAUGGAACUACAAGACUGUGCCCUUCCCCUCCUGAAAGAUGUUAUUGCAACAGAUAAAGAAGAGGUUGCCUUCAAAGACCUGGAUGUGGCUAUUCUUGUGGGCUCCAUGCCAAGAAGGGAUGGCAUGGAGAGGAAAGAUCUACUGAAAGCAAAUGUGAAAAUCUUCAAAUGCCAGGGUGCAGCCUUGGAGAAAUAUGCCAAGAAGUCAGUUAAGGUUAUUGUGGUGGGAAACCCAGCCAAUACCAACUGCCUGACUGCCUGCAAGUCGGCACCAUCUAUCCCCAAGGAGAACUUCAGUUGCUUGACUCGUUUGGAUCACAACCGAGCUAAAGCUCAGAUUGCUCUUAAACUUGGUGUGACUUCUGAGGAUGUAAAGAAUGUCAUUAUCUGGGGAAACCAUUCCUCAACCCAGUAUCCAGAUGUCAACCAUGCUAAGGUGAAACUGCAGGGAAAGGAAGUUGGUGUUUAUGAAGCUCUGAAAGAUGACAGCUGGCUCAAAGGAGAAUUCAUCACAACUGUGCAGCAGCGUGGCGCUUCUGUCAUCAAGGCUCGAAAACUAUCCAGUGCGAUGUCUGCUGCAAAAGCCAUCUGUGACCAUGUCAGAGACAUCUGGUUUGGAACCCCAGAGGGUGAGUUCGUGUCCAUGGGCAUUAUCUCUGAUGGCAACUCCUAUGGUGUUCCUGAUGAUCUGCUCUACUCAUUCCCUGUUACAAUCAAGAAUAAGACAUGGAAGAUUGUCGAAGGUCUCCCUAUUAAUGAUUUCUCACGUGAGAAGAUGGAUCUUACUGCAAAGGAACUGAAAGAAGAAAAAGAAACUGCUUUUGAAUUUCUUUCCUCUGCCUGACUAGACAGUCAUUUCAAUGUUACUAAAUGUCCCAGAGCUGAGGAAUCUAAAUGUCGUCUUUGACUCUAGUACCAAAUAAUAAUAAUGCUAUACUUAAAGCACUUGUGAAAAAUAGCGCAUUUUAAAGAUUGUGUGCUUCUUGGUACAAAUUCGUGACAGUUUAUCAUCAUGAUGUUAAUGUUGAAUUCUAAAUAAAAUAUAUAUUCAAAUGAA